CACCUACUGCACCAUCCUGCACAUCACGGCGCUCACCGCGGAGCGCUACCUGGCCAUCUGCUUCCCGCUCAAGGCCAAGGUGGUGAUCACCAAGCGCCGGGUCAAGGCUGUGAUCGGGGCCCUGUGGGCCUUCGCCCUGCUCUCCGCCGCGCCCUUCUUCUUCCUCGUGGGUGUGCAAGAGCUGGACAACCAGACGGAGUUCAGCCGGGAGUGCAAGCCCACACCGCUGGCCACCGAAUCGGGCCUGCUGGGCACCAUGCUCUGGGUCACCACCAGCUUCUUCUUCCUGCCCAUCCUCUGCCUCAGCGUGCUCUACGGCCUCAUCGGCAGGGCCCUGUGGAGGAACAAGAGUCAGCUCAGGGGCCCCAACGCAGCCCUGAGGGAGAAGGGGCACAGACACACCAUCAAGAUCCUGGCUGUGUUGGUUCUGGCGUUUGUAAUUUGCUGGUUGCCUUUCCAUGUGGGCAGGAUCAUAUUCAUAAACACUCAGGACACCAAGAUGAUGCUUUUCUCCCAGUAUUUUAACAUAUUCGCUUUGCAGCUUUUCUAUCUGAGCGCAUCCAUCAACCCCAUCCUCUACAACCUCAUUUCCAAGAAAUACAGGGCAGCAGCCUACAAACUGCUGCUGCCCCAUAGAUCUGGAGAAAGGACUCUCAGUGCUACCCGAGAUACUGAGACCAGUGCUAGCAUAAAAAAAGAGUACAUGACCCCCUUCUGAGACUAUUAGUCCAUCCACAAAGCAGAGAGAAUCUGUAAAUGAAGGACAAUUUGUUCUACUGUUAUAGUCAUAAAAGGCUAGAUUUGGGGGAGGGGAGUUGCUAGUUGUAGAAUUUUAUAAUUCUUUAUAGUUUUUCUUAAUAUCUCUAUUUUUGCGUUAACAGAGAAAAUGAACAGGCGACUUAGAACAGUGAGACUGGCAUGCAACUAGUGAAAGGCAACAAAAUAACAAAGGGGAAGGUGAUUAAACCCCAUUGUUAAUUAUUGCAUGUCCAGCCACACGAGUGUCUUGCAAAAUUGGAGUGUAACAUUUAGGGUCUAAUUGUGCAGACAUGCAAGUGAGUAAUUUUACUCAUGUGAGUAGCGUCACCAGACUCCAAGUAUUGUUUCUCAUGUGCAUACUUGUUUCCAGAAUCAGUCCUUAGGUAUGACCUGUACAAUCAAAGGGGUCUCUAAUUUAUACAAUAGUGACCAAUUCUCUAAUAUAGCAGUGUCGUUCCUUAUUAAAUAUGUAUUGUAAUUAGCUCACAUUAGGUUAACUUUCUAGUUGGGUCUGAGACCACAAAUUUUUAACGCAAACGUAAAAGGGGUUGAUUUAGUGAGGAAUGUGCUGGUGUCCGGCAGAGCUAUGGCAAGACAAGGUAGCGUUAUCUAUGGAGAGUCAAAGCAUAUUUAUACAUGACUCUUUCAGCUGCCUUGAUGUAAAUGUGGAACAACUCCACUGAAACCAAUGGGCUACGUCUACAUUGGCCCCUAUUCCAUAAUAGG